UGGGAAAAUAAAGAAAUGGUGAAAAAAGCCAAAGGCCAAACGAAAGAAGAGGAAAGUUUUUCAGAGAGUGUGAAAUCGGAGAAACGGGAGGGGCUAUGGGGAAAUAGUGCCUUUGUUGAGCCCACGGACUUCGGCAGCCAUUCAAUGCUCCACCAAACGCUCAUCCUUUCCUCCCCCCCCCCUACCCCCUCCAUCUCUACGGUCGGAACAUCUCUACCACCUCCUCCUCGCCUUUCCUCCAACGCCGCCACAGCCACAGCCCCGGGUUCUUCCGCCUCCCUGCGCUCCUCGGCCAUGUACUACGCGCACCACCGUAGCCCUCUGGAUGGGAGGAUGGACGCGCUGGAGAGCAAUAGCUUCUCGCCGGAGGAGACGGCAGAGGAGUUCGCCGCCGCCACCUCGGCGCUUGUUGAGAGGGACGGGUUCUCGGUCGAGGACCUGCUGGACCUCGAGGAAUUCGGCGAGGCUGACAAGGACGGUGCCGACCACGAGGACGCGCCGCCGGCCGCCGCGGUCCAGGAGAGGGAGAAGUCGAACGACGACUCCCAGCCUUCGUCUAUCUUGUCCUACGAGCUCCCCCCGCCGCCGCCGCAGGAGAUGGUUGACCUGCCGGCGCAUGACGUCGAGGAGGAGCUGGAGUGGGUGUCCCGCAUCAUGGACGACUCGCUCUCCGAGCUGCCGCCCCAGCUGCAGCCUCCUGCGGCGGUGGUGGCGUCGCUAGCAGCGCGGCCCCCGCUGGCGCAGCGGCGGCCUCACGACGGCUCGUACCGGGCGCUGCCGCCGGCACCCGUCCCGCCGCAGACCCCGACCAUCUGCGCGCUGUCAAUGGAGGCGCUGGUGCCCGUCAAGGCGAAGCGCAGCAAGCGCUCGCGGGCCUCGGGGUGGUCGCUCUCGAGCGCCUCGCUUUUCUCGGACUCGGCCUCCUCGUCGUCGACCACAACCACCUCCUCCUGCUCCUCGUCCGGCUCGUUCUCACCGUUCCUCCUGCUGGACUCGCACCCGUUCAGCGGCCUGGACCUCGGCGAGGGGUAUCACCACCACCUUCUGCCGCCACCGCCGAAGAAGUCCAUGCACGGUAAGGGCACCAAGCACAAGCCCAAGAAGCGCGGUCGCAAGCCGAAGCACCUCCCUCCCCAUCCCUCUGGCGCCGGUACGAGCGCCUCGCUGCCCGCCCCGGGGGACCGGCGCUGCAGCCACUGCGGUGUCCAGAAGACCCCGCAGUGGCGUGCUGGUCCCGAGGGCGCCAAGACGCUGUGCAAUGCGUGCGGCGUCCGCUACAAGUCCGGCCGGCUCCUCCCCGAGUACCGCCCGGCGUGCAGCCCCACAUUCACGAGCAGCAUCCACUCCAACUCGCACCGCAAGGUGCUCGAGAUGCGCCGCAAGAAGGAGUCCGGCAUCCUCACUACCGCCUCGCCGGCCGUCGCGUCGUUCUAGCUGCCCUGCCUGGCCACCCAGUGGUGGCUGUACAUUUUUCCGGCCAUGUUAGCCUUGUACCGUACUUGAAUUUCCCCCCUUUCUCUUCCAGAAUCAUUGUCCUAGCCCCGGCUGGAUUAAUUAGAGUCCAGGAGUUUUAAUUAGGUCUCAUUAGGUUUAGCUUUGGUUCCGGUGCUUCUCCUUCAGCCUUAGUUUGUUAGGGUUCUACUGCGACAUCAGCAGCAGCGCAGCACUAGCGCAGAACUUCAUUUCAGCAUUUCUAAAUGGUGUUUCUUCUUUC